AUGACACAAUAUCAUUUGGUAGUGCUAGUACAUGGAUUGUGGGGUAAUACAUCUCAUUUUGACUAUAUAGUUGAUGUACUUCAAGAACAUGCUGAUAGACACUGGUGUGAUGAGAAGAAUCAACUGUUAGUGUACACAACGACGCUAAACGAAGGGUUUCGUACUUAUGACGGUAUUGACGUUUGUGGAUUUCGAGUGGCAGAAGAGAUCGCACAUAAGAUUGACAGUUUUGAAGGGUCCUCACGGAUUAGUAAGUUCUCACUAGUCGGGUAUUCAUUAGGCGGGCUCAUUGCUCGUUAUGCACUCGGUCUUCUCUACAAGAGAGGAUUCUUCGAGAAAAGAGGUAUUCAACUGAUCAAUUUUACUACGUUUUGUACACCUCAUGUUGGUGUAUUGGCACCUGGUAAAAACUUUGCAGUUAAUGUGUUUAAUGGAGUGGUUCCCUGGCUCCUUGGCAAUAGUGGUAGACAGAUUUUUUUGAAAGAUAGUGUUCGUAACCAUGGAUUGAAAGCUAAAGAUGAACCACUAAUCUAUUUGAUGAGUCAUGAGGAUUCCGUAUUCUUCAAAGGGUUACAAAGUUUCAAAAACAAAACUUUGUAUGCCAAUGUCAUUAAUGAUAAAAGGACCGCCUGGUGGACUGCUGGCAUUUCACUAAACGAUCCAUUUUUCGAUAUCAAUGAAUUCAAUGGUGCUAAUGUGUUCCGUUACAUUCCGGGUUAUGAAACCGUUAUAGUUGAUAGAGAUCAACCAAUUGUUAUUUCAAAGAUACAAUCUCCUAAUAAUGGUGAUGAUGAAAUGGUGAAAAGCAGUGGCUCUGACAGCAAUGAGGACGAACAACUUCAGGAUUUUUUCUUUUUGAAUUAUUGGUUCGCUAAAUUGUGUAGAUGGAUCGUUGUCAUCUGCAAUCUGUGUAUUAUAGCUCCGUUGAUAUUAGUUUGGAAAAUUGCACAAUCGAGUAUGGAGAUGACAAUAUCUGCAGUCAGAGUCACUAGAUUUCUUAACAAUUAUUCCACACAGUUGUUGCAAGAUUUUUUUGCCAUUUCAAAUCCUGUACCAUUAUCCCCCAGGGAGGAUGCCAUUGAAACUCCCAGAAACGAUUUCGAUGAUACAGAUGAUGUUGAUGCUGGUGAUGUCAGUCAUCGUGAUAAUAAUUUAAUCAACAUUCGACCAAGUUUGAGUGGUUCUUCAUCUUUGAGAUCAAUUCAAACUCAGAACCCAAACAAUUAUAACAUGUUGGGAGAGUCCCUAAACGAUCAAGCAGAUCAUUUGAUGGAAAGUAUUUAUGAUGCCAUUGAGAGGAAAAACAUCCAUGCAGGUUUCUUGCAAGAAUCACCACUGGGUGAGGGUGUUAGUAGAUCGAAUGAUAACUCAUUGGUGGUCAGUAUAAGAGAAUUGGAAGAUCAAACCAUAGAACAGUUGAAUUCGAGGCAUGGUCCUGAUAUGGGAGAAUUAAUCGACAAUUUGCAUCUUGACAUUUCACCAAGACAAGUGGAUAUUAUUAAAUCUUUGAAUAAAAUCCACUGGUGCAAGUAUCCAGUUUACAUCCGUAAAACACCAUGUACACACGCCUGUGCCGUUGUGCGUCAGCAGGAGCCUCUCUUCGACGAAGGUAAAAUUGUCGUCAAACAUUGGAUAGAAAAAGGUUUCCAAAUCGCAUAG